AAAGUCGUUAUUUGAAGGUGGUAAAAAUCAAAAUUUCCCAAAAAAAAAUGAAAAACCCAACCCCACAUCUAAACGACCAUAACUGUUAUUAGUUGGUUGACGGAGGCAGUGAAGGGGGAUUGUUGUUUGGCGGGAAGGAGGGUUGCUCUAGCAGUGGAGGUUGUUGCUUCGAUUGGUGUUACUUUGGAGUGGGGUUGGUGAAAGAGGGGUUGGAUUGCAAAUUGUUAUUUUAUUUUAACUUUUAUUAAUUAAUUAAAAUUGAAAAAAAAUUCAAUCAAAAGGUGACACGUGGUUAGUAACUUUCUCUAAUAGGUUAGUAGGUAACCAAUUUAAUUAUUCGCUUAAAGGCCUAUUUUGAGAAGAUAGUGUCAAAAGAUGAGAUUGUUUUUAGAUUUUAACAAGCUAAGAUUAUUUUAAGCAAAAUUGACAAAGGUAAGAUUAUUAUUUUAUUUUAUUUUUUUUUUUUUUUUUUGCAAAGAAUCCAUGAUUCCAUGAUACUGUUGGACUUUCUUGUUAUUAAUGUAAUCGAUUAUGCAUUCAAAACCAAAAAAACUCAACAAAAAUGUCCAACACUCCCAAAAACCCCAACGACCAAGAACACAACAACAACAAUCCUACAAAUUCCAACCCAAAACCCCCAUCAAUCUACUACGACAUACACAUACCAUUGCAAGAAUCCUCCUCAACCUUCAACCUCCAAAACGCAGUUUGCAGCCAUGGCCUCUUCCUCAUGGCACCCAACCAUUGGGACCCACUUUCUAAAUCCCUAUUCCGACCCCUCCAUCUUUCUCUCUCCUCCUCCGCCGCCGCUGCCUCCGUCCUCAUCCGCAUAUCUUCCGGGCAGUGCCGUGACACGGUCCUCGUCCGCGUCUACGGUGUGCCGUGUCUCUCUCCAAAAGAGAAGGAAGCUGUGGUGUCUCAAGUGCGGAGAAUGCUGAGAUUGUCGGAGAAAGAAGAGAGGAAAGUGAGGGAAUUCAAUGAAUUGCAUUGUGAAGCUAAGAUGGUGGGUUUUGGUAGGGUUUUUAGGUCACCCACUUUGUUUGAAGAUAUGGUUAAGGCAAUUCUCUUUUGCAAUUGUCAGUGGCCUAGAACCCUAAGCAUGGCUAAAGCUCUUUGCGAUCUUCAGCUGGAACUGCAGCGUUGUUCAUCCACAGUAUCUGUGAAUUCUCUUGGUAAUACAAAAUCAGAAGUUGCUACAAACAGGCCUGAAAGCUUUGCUCCAGGAACACCAGCAGUAAAAGAGUCAGUGAGAAAGCGCAAAAUGAAUGAAAUUGUAAGCAAGGAAAAUGCAGGUGUUGUGUAUGAUUCCAAUGAUUCUGUAAUUGCAAAGGUAAAUGCUGCCCAUAUAGCAAAUGGGAUUCAGGUUGAGGGAAAUGUGGUAACAACUCUUGGCUCAUCAACUAGAGAUGAAAUUUCUGAGUCGUCUACUCUUGGUCUUGGUCUUAUUGAAAGUUCUGGAGUUGCUUCUAAAGAAAUAGUGAUGUCCAUAGGAAACUUUCCUAGCCCAAUAGAAUUAGCUUGCUUAGAUGAGAAGUAUCUAGCGAAGCGUUGUGGUCUCGGGUACAGAGCUGGUCGUGUAUCAAAACUUGCACAGGGUGUUAUUGAGGGAAGGAUCCAACUUGACCAACUUGAAGAGCUCUGUGAGGAGGCUAGCCUGAACAACUACAGUAAAGUGGAUGAGAAGCUGAAAGAGAUUGAGGGUUAUGGUCCAUUCACACGUGCGAAUGUGCUGAUGUGCUUAGGGUUUUAUAAUGUUGUACCAAGUGAUUCUGAAACUAUUAGGCAUCUGAAACAGGUUCAUGGGAAAACCACCACUGUCAAGAACAUUCAAAAAGUUGUUGAAGAGAUGUAUAGAAGAUACGAGCCAUAUCAAUUCUUAGCAUACUGGUGGGAAAUUUGGAAUUUCUAUGAGCUACACUUUGGUAAAUUCAGUGAAAUGCCAUCCUCUGACUACAAGCUUAUAACAGCAAGUAACAUGAAGAUUAAGAAAACAAAGCAAAGAGCUGCGUGAUAUCUUUUGAUUAGGAAUAGUUUCUGAUAGUGACUAUUUUAGGAUAAGAAAAUUCUAACCUGUAAAAUUUAUCUAUGUUUUUGACUCGCACAACAAUAAGCCAUUUUCGGGCUCCUCGCAAGUUUUAUCUGUAUAAAGUAAUGUACUAUUGGUCUAUUGCCCCAAUUAGGCCUGAAUUAUGCUUUAUCAUCCUGAUUGAUAUAACUGUUCACUUGAUGUGCAGUCUUAAAAUAGAUGAACAUUUAUGUUCAAUUUUUUU